UAGAAUGGCAGAUACAUAAACACAAAUUCAUUGUUUUGGUUGACGCGAGCCACGACAUUUGGGUGAACGAGUUGUAUGAACCCUCAGCUUCAUCUACAUUAGUAUUUGAGUGUGAGCUCAAUCUGCAACAAGAGGCCCGAUCACUUUCUGCAUCUGACGUGUCUGAACAACCAUGGGCUUCUCCUUUUUCUUUACUGAGCUAAGUCAAAGUCUUCUCUCCGACCGAAUGAGAGCCAUUCGAUAUGUUGAUGAUACUCUUAACCGAAUCGCUUUUAGAAGAACGCUAAAGAAAGAUAUGCCUCAGCAGAAUCUUUCUCUCUCAGAUUCCCCAGCUGAAGCGAUCGUGUCACUCUCUUUGGUGUACAGGCUUCCUCAGCCAAUACUUGCUUCGGAUGAAACGGUUGAGCGAGAAAGGUCUCUACUCAAUAAAGCCAUGACAAAGCAAUAUGACAGCAAAACAUCGUGCUUUCUCCAAACUAUGGAUGAGGUCCUGAGUCAAUCAACACUUUCAGGAGACGAAGUACUGAUAUCGGAGAGGUUCACGUACCUCGAGAUGCCAUUCAACUGGAUUCCAAAGUACACUGCUGUUUUCACCCGUCGGACAAAUCUAGCAGAAUACUGCAUCUGUUUACCUGGCUUUUUUGUAAGACCCAGUAAGGUUAGAAAGGAGACUGGGUCCGAAGACAUCUUUUACGAGGAAAAUGUACCAAUUCCUCAACUUGGCCUAAAAUAUGUUGGGAGCAUUGCCAAAAGCCUCGCGACCGGCUUGAUAAAUGGCGUCGCUGGAAAACUUGGCCUGUUCAUUUUUGAAAAUGUCUUUCCCCCUGGAGUUCCUAAUUACUUUGAGGCCGUUUACGUGGAAAUUCAGAAGAUAGUUAAACAGGAGCUGACUCAAAAUACGAUCGACGAAGUGAACGGUGAAAUAAACGGCAUAAAACAAUGGGUACGGAACUCUUACCUUGCUGCCAAAGAAGGGAUCACAGGUGACCCGACAGACAAAAAGAAAAGACUGACCGAAAUGCUGGAACCAAGAGAUGCUCAGAUCGUUACCAAGGUUCUUGGUUUGCUGAUGACCGAGAGGUACGCCAAGCCUGGCAUCUGUGUCUUCAUGAUUGCCGCUGGCAUGCACCUUACAAUUCUCCAAGAACUGGCAUACGUUGAUCCCACUGUUUCGUUCCCAGAAUCUUCUCAUUACUGUUUGUCGAUCAAAAAAUACGCCGCAAGUUACGCUAAUUUUGCAAAAAGCAAAGCACAGAGUAUCCUUAACCAGCGAUUAUCAAUGAUCCACUCAGGAGAAGAGUCCCGCUACGAUGAUAUUACGAAUAUGUUUCUCGACAUUUUCUGGUGGAGGGAUGAUUACACUGGAGAGAGGAGAGAAUAUUCCAGGUACGAAGACAGCAAGGGAACGACCAACCCGGACGCCGACAAACAACGCGACCGGGAUUUGGCAAACCACAGAAAUUCCGUAUAUGCAGAUCUUAAGAAUGAUAUGCAAGACCCAGAGACGACAGCAGAUUUGUGGCUUAAAUUGGUUACUUACCCGCUCCCUGGCAUAACUGAUUAAGGAAGAAGCGCAAGGUGAUACUCACUGUAAGUGUCAUGACCAACAAUAUAGAACUGAGAACGAUCUUCUGAAUAACAUACACGAAUUUGUGUCAAAACCAUAUUUAUGCAUGUAUAAUGUGUAAGUUUUAAUAAAAUAUACAAGAAUCGUUACUUUUCAGUUUAUUUAGAAAAAAUAUGUAGCAACUGUUAUUCCUGCAUUUAUUAAGCAAUAUUAUAAUCAUUUUUCUUUACUUUAGAAUGAAAUGAAUUUGUGUUUAAUAUCCCAAUAAUCAUGAUAAAGAAAAAUAUAAAAACAUGUAGUCUACUCGCUUCUAGUAUAUUUAAGUACAGUAUUACAAUUAUCAUUAAAUUAUCAAAGUAUCAUCUAAUGUUUUAAUAAGAAAUAUCAGAGUUUUCUAACUGCAGGCCCAUACGCCUGUAGUAUAAUUUAAAUCCAUACAUUUUUCUGGUUUAUAUUUAAGUGUAUUACAAUACUCAUUUAUUAUCCAAGUAUCAUUUAAAGUUUAAUAAGAAAUAU